AUGGAGGUAAUUACUGAGACUCUAGUCAUUGGCGGUUGCUUAGUGUUUGGUGGUGUGGUGAUUAAAAGACUACUCCAUCGCAAACCCAGCUGGGAGACAUUACCUGAUGAUAUCAUGGGGAUGAUUGUGUCUCACCUGAGCGUGCGUGAUCGUAUACGAUUAAGCAUUGUUUGCAAGCCUUGGAGCUCAGUUUCUACGCGACCAUACAUCCCUAGUGCUCCUCAACUCCCCUGGUUAUUACUCCCUCAAUCUUCCCCUAACCACUUGAGCUAUUUCGAGCUUUCUGAAGGCAAAAUUGACCGGUUGGAGCUGCCUGAACCGGUUCAAGGAGGGUGGUUUCAUGGAUCAUCCAAAGGUUGGAUGAUCAUGAUCAUGGAAAAGGAUCUGGAUUCUACUAUGUUUCUUGUGAAUCCAAUAUCAGGAGUCCAGCACCAACUUCCACCUUUGAGCACGACGCCAUCUUUCCACAGUUUUGUAGAAACAAACACAUGGAAACGCUACGGUGCUUCUGCUUUCUGCUAUAGCGUUGUGCUAUCUACCUCAGAUAUCACUUCAGAUCAGUUUAUGGUUGCAGCAGCUUUUGGAGACACUGGUAGACUGUGUUUGUAUAAACCGGGAGACAGAAAGUGGACUAUCUUGGAGGUGUUAGAUGCAAACGAGUGGAUUACAGAUUUAUUGUUCUCUUCUGGCAAGCUAUACGCAUCGGUUAUUAGUCAUAAUAAGAAUGGUGUCACUUCAGGUCCUCGCAACUUGAAAUUUGGAGAUCAUGCAGUCGAACUGAAUCUGGUUUAUGACGAAGUACCAACAAACGAUGACAGCUUUGAAGAAUAUGAUGACUAUCUAGUCCACUUAAAAGGGACAGUAAACUCACAUUUGGUAGAGUCAACUACCAAUGAUGAAAUAUUGUUGGUCCAUCAAGUUCAAGACAAAUUUGCAAAAUGGUACGACAACAACCAUGAGGACGAUAACCAUGAAGGUGCUAACGAGGAAGACAACAUGGAAGGUAAUCAGGAUGGAGGUGAAGAGGUGAAUGAUUUUGGCUCAAAAAUCGAUACUGUUGUUGAAGAUGAUCGUGACCGUUUUUAUUUGAGGACAAGUGAUUUUAAUGUAUACAAGCUUCACCCCAAGAAGAAUAAGAUUGCUGAUGCAAAAGGCUUGGGGGAUCAACUGUUGUUCUUGUCAACUGCAGGUGCAUUGUCCCUUCCUGCAACAGAUAUCAACAACCUAAAAGGAAAUUGCAUUUACUUUGCAACUAAUAAUACCUUGAGGUUACAUCCGCGAACAUUUACAAGUCGAGAGAUUGGUGUAUUCAGCUUUGAUGGGAGGAAAAUUAAGCGUUCUUUCCCUAGCGUUCAUGUGUCAGUCCGAUCUCGACUCAGUUGGUUUACUCCAAAUUUAUAG